CAACAACUGCAAGGGGUCGCGAACAUCGCGACACGUUUGCCCAUUAAACGCGUCUAACCACUUCCUCCACUUCAAUUCAAAUGUCCCACUAUCACCAUACUUCACGGGUUUGGAAUUCGGAAUGUUCAAGCCCCGGUAGGUAUAAUGCCUCUACAAAAAUCCUACUCGGAUCAAGUUGGUCGAACUAAGCGCUCGCCAUGGCAGCGAUCAAGGAGCAACCCGGUUCAGCAAACACCGAGGCCUCGAGCACUCCAGCCUGUGUCCGAGGUGACCAAGAACAAGCUCAAUAAGUUUCAGUAUCACCCCGCGAAUGGCGAAUCAGCUACGGAGAGCACAGAAAACGAACAAAAUAUAUCAAACAACCGAACCAAGGACGAUACAACGACUACCCCCGCUACUCGAUUGACCUGGCAAGAGCUACUCGAACCUGCAGGUGGUGCCGAAGAUGAUACAACUACAUCACCAAAUGAUCGGCUCCUCUGGGACAACAGGCAGGAUACGCUGUACAUGCCAGCAUUGUCCCCCAUGUUGAAUCGCAAAGGAAGGAAGCGUGCUAGGAGCUCAUCACCCGUCUCAUCUCCGGUCGCGGAAAAGCCUAAUACACCCUCGGUAAACGUCAAGAAGCUGGCGCAAGCCCUCAAGUCACCGCACGCGGAUCCAACACUGGAAUUAUGGGACCGAUACUCUCUAAAUGCAACCGAUAACGCGGGUAGCCCUCUAGGACUUGCAAACCCUGCACUUGCACAGUUGAUGGUAUCAUCUUCGCCACGACCAUCGAAACCAACGGUUGGCGAGUCCAAUCUCAGACGAGCAAUAAGUUGCGGCUUGAAUUGGCCCAAAAGGAGAAGGGUCGAAAGAUCAACGUCAGGGAGUCGCCUGAGUAUCGAGAUGGAAGAGAUGGAGGCGUCCAAGUCUUCAAUGGUAACUGCACUGCUCGACACGGUGACUAGUAGCAUCAACGGGCCGAGUGAGGAGCCCCGCGAGGAGCCUCAAGAUGCUCCGGAAUCUCCUUCUCCUAAGAAGAGGCGGACAUAUACCACUAGCAGUGGCUCUCCGCGCCUGUUGAAAUCCCAAGCUAGGUCUCAAACGCCAGGACAGCACCCUGCGCAACCGCAUAUUCAACUUUCAGCUCGACCUUCAGUUCAAUUGCAGCCUCCAGAGCCUGCUUCCUCGGACUACGGUGAUGAUGACUUUGACGAAUUUGACGACGACACAAUAAUGCAACUUGAAGCCAGCAUCAAUGCCACCCAAUUGGAAACGAAUCCGCAACAAGAGGUAGCAGUAGCCGAAAACCACCCACUGUGCGAGAUCGAUGAAAAGGCACCGGAGAAGUUUGACGGCAAGCUGGAUGAAUUUGACGACUUGGACGAUGACUUCUUCGAUGAGGCAGAAGAUCUCAUUACCGCGGACUCUCAACAGGUAUCACAGGCUCCACCAACAACAGAAGUCGACGACUUGGACGAUGAAUUUGGAGACGCAUUUGGCGGAGACUUUGAUUUUGAAGCCGUGGAAUUGGCAGCAACACAAGCAGCCCAGAACUGCUCCGGAGACAGCCGGAAACCAAGAACAAUACAACGAUACCUGGUGACGAAUGUCUUGGAGGGCGAGUAUACGGACCAGUAUGGACAUACACGACCAGAAAAGAUUCUUCUCAUUCAGGCCGACAACUCGAAAGAUAUCAAGACGGUUCACCUAAGGGCCUCAUGGUUUGACACACCAGCCCAUGCAGAAUCCUACGUUCACAUUAUAGGUGACUUCUCUUCAAGAGGUCAAUGUAUCAUUGACGAUGCUCAAAAUCUUCUUAUUCUACACCCUGAUCAACUCAUAUCUGCAACUGUAGUGGCUGAUUCGUUCGGUUGCAUGCGCCGUGCUGUGCUGCAAGAUCGAGUUAAGGCCACCAGUCCACCAACACCACCCCUUAUCUAUGGGACAAUGCUACACGAAAUUUUCCAAGAGGCUCUUCUUGCCAACAAGUGGGAUCUCCCUUUUUUAUGCGCCGUCAUCGACCGAAUAACAGAAAAGCAUGUAGAGGAUCUUAAUACUAUCAAAGUUGGUAUACCUUCAGCUCGAGAGCAUCUACAAUCGAAAAUGACCGAAUUGAGUUACUGGGCUGGCGCUUUCGUAUCUUCCCGCCCGAAGGAGGAUGCUGUAGUUGAAGACCGGAACGGGAAGAAGGCCAACAUGGCAGUCACCAAGCUCUUGGAUGUUGAGGAACACGUGUGGUCCCCGAUGUACGGACUCAAAGGCAACAUCGACGCGACCGUCGAAGUUGCGAUGCAAGAUGGAAAUGAUAUUCGGACUUUGACUGUGCCGUUUGAGGUCAAGACAG